AUGCUCAAACUCCAUGAGAUAUAUGGGCCUGUCGUUCGAGUUGCUCCAAAUGAGCUUUCAUUCGACUCUGCAAAAUCAUGGGCAGAUAUUUACGGUGUUCGCAAAGAACACGGCAACUGCUUCCGCAAAAGCCGGUUUUAUGACGGAGGCAACUUUGCUGACCAAGCAGCAUCCAUCGUCAGCCAGCGCGAUCAUGAGAAACAUCAACGGAUGAGGAAGUUUCUUUCUCGCGCCUUUUCGGAAGCAUCACUACGAGAACAGGAAUCCUUGAUUAGCGACACAAUUAACCAAUUCGUGGCGCGAAUUGCCAAGGAGGAUGUGAUUGACUUCACGCAUUGGUUCAACUUGUUGACAUUCGAUAUUAUCGGCAAGUUGGCCUUUGGUAGAGAUUUUAAAGGCAUCAGCACAGGAGAAACACAUUUCUGGAUCAAUGAUGUUCUGGGUAGUAUGGCUCAAGCUAGUGUCGCAGAUACACUCGCUCGAUUUCCAAUUCUAGGAAAGGUCUGGCUCUGGUUCAAUCCUAGUUGGCUAUCUAGCGUGAUCAAAGCAUCUACUCGACAUCAGCAAUAUACAAUCGACAUAACCAACAAACGUAUCAAUGAACCUUCGCCACAGAAGGAUUUCAUGAGCUACCUCACCCAAGAUCGCGAUGGGGUCUCGGAUAUACAACUCGCGGCGCACGCAUCAGAUUUUGUCAUUGCCGGCAGCGAGACCACAGCGACCACGCUCGCAGUCGUCUUCUACCAGAUGUGCACAAACAUUACAGUGCAGCGUAAGUUGGAAAACGAAGUGCUCACGGCAUUCCAGAGCUACAACGACAUCACCGCCGCAUCUGCAGCGCCUCUCAAGUAUCUUCAUGCUGUGUGCCUGGAAGCCAUGCGCGUCUUCCCGCCGCUACCCUUGGGUCUUCCUCGUGAUGUGCCUCCUGAAGGCUCUACAAUUGAUAGCGUCUACGUCCCAGGAGGAGUUACUGUGUCUACUAAUCCAUACGCAGCUUGUAUGAAUGCCGAAAGCUUCUCCGACCCUCAAACAUUUGACCCGGAACGAUGGCUUAAUUGCAGCUCGGAGGAUGUGCUGGAAGCGAGCAAGCCGUUCUCCCAUGGCCCACGCGCUUGUUUGGGUCGAAGUCUGGCUUGGCUAGAGCUGCAUGUAAUAAUUGCACGACUCAUUUACAGCUACGAAUUCCUUCUGGCAGAUGAACCGUUUGACUGGAAUGCAAACGCCGAGAUGCAUCUGCUGUGGAAGAAGCCAAAGCUGCGUAUGAAGCUAAAGCAGCGCUGCAAGUGA